AUGUCGAUAACUCUGAGUGUGAGCUUGCUAAGUGGCAGAAGUGUCUCCGUGGAAGCGGAGCCGGAGGAUGCCAUUCUGUUGCUAAGACAACGCGCUCAGAGCGUGCUAGGGGUGGGUGCGGGCGUCCUGUUGCAUUCGACUGGAAGCUUGGACGAAGCAGCAACAGUCCAGGAGGCAGGGCUGAAGAAUGGGGAUGAGCUGACAUACCAGGUACGGAGAGUGUCGUUAUGUGACAACCCUGGUGCAUUUGCUGCCAUCCUCAGCGACGGCUCCGUCGUCACUUGGGGUCAUGCUGACUUUGGUGGUGAAAGUUCAUCUGUUCAGCCCAAGCUGAACUGCGUGCGACAAAUCCAAAGCUGUUUCAGCGCUUUUGCUGCGAUCCUGGGAGAUGGCUCGGUCGUGCCCCUAGGCCCUAGGCUUGGAGUAAUGUAUAUACUUCUUCACACUGUU